UUGCUCAAUCACUCGGGAGUUUUUCAGCCGCUUGGAACGUGUGCUCUUUGGCCAUCAGAUUGGAUGCUGAUUUGGAAAGUGUUCUCCAAAGUGCUUUUUGUGUUGUAAAUCAGUUACAUUGCCAAUCAAAAACCAACCAUUUUGUGAAUACUGAAGACUUGCGGCUGGUUCGAAAGUCGCUUACAUCGCACAACGAGAAAAAACUCAUCAAGAGCAACUUCAACAGGGGAAAAAGAAAAGAGACCGUCGCAGCAUCAACAUGGCGCAGGAGACAGAGGCAGCAGGGGGUGUCAAGGGUCAGCCCCGAGACCAUAUCGACGAGGAUGAAGUCACGGAACUGCAGCAGGCACGCAGCUUUUACGACGGAGUGCGGGAGAAGGCCGAGCGCUUUGCCAGCACGCGCUUUGGUCAGUUUGUCAUCGAACGUGCAGAUCGAGCACUUCGGAUGAUCGAGGACACGGCCAAGUGGAGUCUGCCGCAGGAAAAAUCUGCUGAUCCUUUGCAACGUCCGCUGCCGUGGGGUCCGUUCUUGUUGCUGAUCAUUAUGCUGCGUCUCACCCGCAUGUGGUUGUCGGUGGGCGCAUUGAUGAUCGGCAACAGCCCCAUCUCCCCCUCGGAUAUGGUCUACUUCAUUCAAACCAGACGCCGGAAGUUAAGGGCAAUUCGAUUGCACGGUCAAAAGGUGAUGCGGCAGCGCCAGCAAGAAGUGUCCUAUGGCAGUGGCAAGGGCUUGACCUACAAGCUAACUCAGUGGUUUUCCCGGGCUAUUUGCCGCCCUGGAGUUCAGAGGGCCAACAGCGGGCGACUCUUCCAGGUGCGCAACAUGGAGCAGACUACACAGACCAGUCCGGCUGUGAUGAAGCGUCCGCGAGAGGAGGAGGCGAACGCUGAUGGUGAUGCUGAUGCCGACCACAAUCUUACCAUCGAUCAAAUGCUGGCCAAAUAUGCCCAGGAGAACUCGGAAGAUGACUCUGACUUCGUGCCCAAUCCCGAUGAGGAGGAGGAAAGCAGCGACGGCACCAGCUCCGAGUCCAACACCAGCGAGGAGAUCAGCAGCGAUGAGGCAAAGGAAAUUGGCAGUCAGGCCGCUCCAAAGCCCCCAACUUUGGUGGUGGAAAACGGUGUCCACAAGGCAGGGCCCAACGAGAGGAAAGACAAGGAAAUGGAGUUGGCAAAGGAAAAUGACAAGGGAAAGCUGAGCGCCACGACAACCAGCAACGGCGGCCACGACAAGGAGCAGGCGGAAGUUGCAGGUGGGGCCAGGCUGGUGGAAGAGGACAAGUGGAAGUCCUCGCCAGGACACAUGAGUGCUGCCAUGACUAAAAUGAAGUUCUACAACAACACGGCAGCUGCAGCCGGCACUGAAGCUGCAGCUCCAUCCGAAAUCGAAACCGAACCAGAACCAGAACCCGAACAAGAACCCGAAACCGAAUCCAAUCCCACACCUGAUCCUCAAUCCCAAUCCCACGAUGAGUCAGAUGAUGACGGCAGCAGCACGAGCAGCAGCAAAACCGGAUGCACAGUCUACCAACGGGAGAUCGCAUCCAAAGAGACCCAGCCAGAUACCCAAACCGAACAGACCAGUGACGUUGCUGCCACACUAACUACCCAAGUAUCCAACUAUCCCACAAUCGACACACUAACUCCAGCAACUUCUUCCGAAGAUAUAUUCUAUAGUCCAAUUGGAUCACCCACCUUAUUUAAUACUAGCCUAGGAACUCAGGCUCUGCUGAAGAGUGCCAGCAUUCAAUCUGUCUUGGAACACUCCACUCCCACCUUUCAACUGGAAGAUGCACCCUCUGAGCCAUCCUCCCAUCAGCCAGAAUCCGAGAUAGCCGCAUCGCAGCAGAAGCUGCCACAUCAGCAAGAACAUCAACAGCAGCAGCAACAGCAGCAGCAGCAGCGACAGAACAACUUUACCCACCAACGCUAUCGCGGACGUAACCGACGCUAGGCGAUGAUGCAUUCUAGCUACCUAUAUACUUUUCCUUACUUUUUUAUAUUCCCAUAUUGUUAGUGAAUACUGCGAGUAAAUCUAUGAACUCAA